UUUAAUAGGAUAUGCAGGUAUUACUGAUAAGAUGCUUCCAUCAUCCAGGGAGCCAAAUCCACUCUGUGGCACACUGGGAAGUUCACAGAAGUUACCUGAACUUUUUUCACCAAUUACUGGUCUCAAAUAAGAGGUGACAACAUUGCCCUUGUGGCCUCAUAACGCUUCAUCCCCUGCUCCCCUCGUAACACUCAGAGUUUAUUGCUGCAAACAUGGUGGUGAUGAAGAUAAAGCUUCCCUUCCAGAAAAGGGUGAAGUUGGCUCAAGGGCUGUGGCUCUUGUCAUGGUGUGCAGCGGUGGCUGGGGCCAUUACCUUCACCCUGGGUUGCAUCCUAAAGACAGAGCUACGCAGGAGGGCGGAGGCAAUGGAUAAUGGUGACAUACACAUCGUACCCAACACCCUCAUGAUCGUUGGUCUGGCCUCUCUGGGCAUCAACUACUGUGCCUCCAAGGUUUGUCAAGAUGCUCUGGAUGCAGGCAGAUUUCCUCGCUGGAAGAACUUUUUGAAGCCCUACUUUGCGGUGUCGUGUUUCUUCACCGUGCUCAUGCUGCUGGCUGUGAUCAUGAGCUUCGUGAUGAAGGGCAGUCUGGAGUCUUCUCUGAAAGUUGGCCUCAAGAAUGGCAUUCGCUUCUAUAAGGACACUGACACACCAGGCCGCUGCUUCCAGAAGCAGAACAUUGACCGGCUGCAGAUGGAUUUCCAAUGUUGUGGAAACAACGACCACCGGGACUGGUUUGAGGUGCAGUGGAUCAGCAAUCGCUACUUGGAUUUUAGCUCUAAGGAGGUGAAGGACCGAAUCAAAAGCAACGUGGAUGGGCGGUAUUUGUUGGAUGGAGUGCCAUUCAGCUGCUGCAACCCCAGUUCUCCACGGCCCUGCAUCCAGUAUCAGCUCACCAACAACUCAGCACACUACAACUAUGACUAUCAGACAGAGGAACUCAACAUCUACCUGCGAGGCUGUCGGGAGGCUCUUCUGAACUACUUCAUGGGCCUGAUGAACACCAUUGGAGCAGGGGUCCUCUCUGUCUUCCUCCUACAGGGCUCUGUGCUGGUGAGUCUGCGCUUCCUGCAGACAUCCAUGGAGGCAGUAGUGGGUAAUGAAAACACGGAAAUCGAGACGGAAGGCUACCUGCUGGAGAGAGGAGUGAAGGAAACAGUCAUGGAGUAUCUCACCCCUGUCAUGGCGUUCUUCCUGCUGACCAACCAGGUGGAGGAGGGGAGUGCGGCUCCAGCACCUGCCUAACUCCAUGACAUGUCCAUAUAUGUAAAUACGUUUUAGUGUAACUAAACACCCAAUAAAAAUGCAUGCAAUUUAAGAUAGACAUUUUAUUCCCAAAUGAUCAUCACAUGUGCUGUUGUACAUUUUAAUGGUGAAUUGCGAGGCUUUUGUACGAAUGUUAAAGACCGUUGAGUCCCAUCAUCCCAAUGUGUUGUUUUGAAACUAAAUCUGUGUACAUCACUGGUUUAUACAUACAUACAAUGAAAUGCAUUCCGUUUAGGUGAUAUUUUAAUCUCCGAUGAUCAUCAAUGUCUUGAUACUAAAAUGUUU